AUGGCGAACACGAGGCUCGCGGUCGUGGCCAUGCUUGUGAUCCUGCUGCAGGUGUCGACGUGCGCCGUGGCCCGGCACCACGCCAAGCCGGACCCGUGCGUCGGCCCCGACGACUACGUCCCGGGCAUACUGCAUAAGCACAAGAAACCGCACUGCCCCUCGCCGGGCGGCAGCGGCGGCGGUGGCGGCACCCCAGGCGUGAUGACGGUGAACGGGUUCCAGAAAGGCGAGGACGGCGGCGCGCCGUCGGAGUGCGACGGCAAGUACCACAGCGACAAGGACAUGAUCGUGGCGCUGUCGACGCGCUGGUACGAGGGCGGACGCCGGUGCGGCAAGAUGAUCCGGAUCACCAGCAAGCACAACGGGCGCACCGUGGAGGCCAAGGUGGUGGACGAGUGCGACUCCAAUCACGGCUGCAAGACCAACAUCGUCGACACCUCCGAAGCCGUGUGGAAGGCCCUCGGGCUCGACAGCAACAUCGGCGAGGUGCCCGUCACUUGGGCCGACGCCUGAUGAAGCCAUG